CGGAGGAAGAGGAGGAGGAGGAGGAGGAGCUGCUGUCGGUGCUGAGCUCCGUCUCUUCAGGUGUGAUCGUCUCCGGUGGGACCGAGGACGCUUUUAUCCACCGGCGAAGACAGAGAAGAGAAGCAACUUCACACAGAGUGCAUGAUGGGAUCUUUCCGGCGCCCCAGGCCUCGGUUUAUGAGUUCGCCAGUUCUGUCCGACCUCGCCCGGUUCCACGCCAGUUCACCUGCUCUGCAGCUCUCCAACACCAGCGUGUGGAACAGCGUCCAAUCUGCUGUGAUCAAGGUUUUCCAGGGUGGAGCUCUGCAGACUAACGAGCUGUACACGCUUAACGAGAGCAUCAGGUGGCUCCUUAAAACAGAGAUGGGCUCCUUCAUCACAGACUACUUCCAGAACCAACUGCUGACUCGAGGUCUGUCUGAAGUCCUGGAUCAGAUCCUGCUCCACUCUGGUGAGACUGGUGACGACCAGCUGAUCGUCCUCGCAGACAUGUGGGAAAGAUUCUUCACUGAGACCCUCCCCACCCUGCAGGCCAUCUUCUACCCUGUCCAGGGUCAGGAGCUGACAGUCAGGCAGAUGGCUCUUCUGGCCUUUAGAGAUCUGGUGCUGUUGAAGCUUCAUCUGGAGGAAACUCUGGGAGCUGCUGCCUCCGUCCCCCCACCUGUCACUCAGAUGCUGCUGGUGCUGCAGGGUAUCCAUGAGUCCAGUGGUCCCAGUUUGGAGUAUUACCAGUUAGAACGUCUGGUGGAGAUCGUCGUGUCUCCAUACCUCAGCAGUGUUCUGCCCCACAGAAACCAGCUGCUGUUAGAGCCCCGUCAUCUGCGGUCAUCUGGGUCGUUGCUCGGCGACCAGCCAGAGAUCACCAUUACUCAGCAUCACAGCUCCUCAGACUCGUCGUCUCUGGCUCCCCUGGUGGAGCAGGAGGGCGAGGCCUACCUGGAGAAGGUUGGAGGUGUGCGGCGCCACACGGUGGCCAACGCUCACUCUGACGUCCGACUGCUGUCGGUGUCAGGCAGGAUACAUGCUGGGACGGAAAAGGACAGCAGAGUGAGAGGUGGGAAGGGGGGUGUGGAGUUUUUGGUGGGAGGCAGGCCGAUGAGUCCCAGGCCCUUCUCCAGUCAACCGGACAUGGUGGAGCCUCCGAUGGGAGGAGUGAUCUGCCUUCCUAACAGCUAGCUGGACUGAAUCAGUCAUUAUGGAACAGGAUCAACAAGAACCUGACGAGAUAAAAAAUGAGAGGAUGACGGAGGUAACGAGACUGGAGAGGAAAUAAAAAGACAGGACAGGACAAGAAAAACGAAGAGAACCCAAGAAAACAGGAGCAGACACAAGAAGGACUAACCAUGAACUAACCGCGGGGGGUGUCCACCAACAAACAUUCAGCUAGUUUUAGCCUCUGAGAGAGGGGCAGAGGGAGGGGGGUGAGGCAAAGAUACAGAGUGAGGUGAAAGGCACAGGUGCGCUCAGGUGUUCUGAAAACAACAGGAAGUGUGUUAUUGUAGUUUAGCUGCUCAUUCACAGCUGCAGCAGCAGUGACAAACACGAAGGACAAUUUAAAACACUCAGUCAAAGCUGAGCACACACACAGAUUAUACACACAUUUUAGAUUCAGUGUCACUUAAACGUACACGUCCGGUAACCUGAAAUCACAGAAAGAACAGGCUCCUCCAUCCUGCAGAAUCUCAUUCAGAAUCCUGCUGUUUUUACGUGUGUCCUUCAGUGUCACAGUGAUCCAGUGAUGGAUCUGCUUCUUUAAUUCUACAGAGAAGCAGCAGUUUCAUCACGUUCCCUUUCUGGAUUGACACAUCUGGGCUACUGUACCUGACGACUUUCUUAGUCAGCGUGGAGUAUCUGAUGUUGCUGCGGCCGUUGAGUGCAGCAGAGAUGAGGAUGCCAGUGGUUACGGAGGAACGUUGGUCUCUAAAACUGAUGUCAAAUUGAUAGAGACAUGUAAGUUACAGUGACAUGAAACAUGUUUCGUUACCAUUACGUACCAGAGGGCUGGGGGUGCACUGUCACCUUUUUUCCCGACUUGAGUUUAUAGCUGUGGUAAAUGAAAGGACAGGAAGCAGAAACUGCAGAGCAGGAAACAGGACAGGAAACAGGAGAGAGGACGUGUUCGUACAGACUCGUCAUCCUGUCCCACAGCUCCCACCAGGAGGAGAAGCUCUGUCUCUGGAACUUUGCAGGAAGGACUGAACAGCAACAGCAACCAGUGACUUUUUUUAUUAUAGUGCAGCAGAACUGAUCCAGGAUCAGGCUCUGGCUCUCCAGAACCAGACUGCAGGUCCUGGAUCCUCAGGUCAUGUUCUCUUUUAGGAUUGUUACUGAAUAAUAAAGAUGAUUAA